AAGCGAAAAAUACCAAGUAGAAGAAUUUCCGGGGUCAGACAACAUAGAGACCGGACGCAUCACGCGGGAAACACAGGUUUUUCUCACGUCUGCUGACUGUAAGGCUGAAAUGGGAGACACUUUGGAGUUCAACGACAUCUACCAGGAGAUGAAGGGAUCCUGGAAUGAUGGGCGGCUGCGUUUCAGUAAACAGUCUAUUGUCUAUAAGAGCACUAAAACGGGAAAGGUUGACACAAUCCCCGUCACUGACCUGUCUCUUGCCCAGUGGCGUCGUGUUUGUCUGGGUCAUGGCAUCAAACUAUCCACCAGCACUGGCCAUGUCUACAAAUAUGAUGGUUUCAAAGACUCUGACUUGGACUCGAUCGCCACAUUCUUCAAGGCCAACUACAAAGUGGAGCUGGUCGAGAAGGACAUGUGUGUGAAGGGAUGGAACUGGGGAACAGCGAAAUUCGCAGGACCCCUGCUGUCGUUUGAUGUGAGUGAAAGCCCUGCCUUUGAGAUCCCGCUGUCCAACGUGUCCCAGUGUGCCACAGGCAAGAACGAGGUGACGCUGGAGUUUCACCAGAACGACGACGCCGAGGUGGCCCUGAUGGAGGUCCGCUUCUACGUACCCCCAGGCACGGCCGAUGAGGGGGCCGAUCCUGUGGAGCCACUGCGCCCUCUCUCUCUCCCCAUCUCUCCAUCCGUAUAUUUUCUCGUCCAGAUCAGUUUGGAUCCUCCCAUAAAACAGGGUCAGACUCGCUACCAUUUCCUCAUCCUACUCUUCUCCAAAGAUGAAGACAUCAGCCUCACGCUGAACAUGAGCGAGGAUGAGGUAGAGAAGCGCUUUGAGGGGAAGCUCACCAAGCACAUGUCGGGCUCCCUGUACGAGGUGGUCAGCAGAGUUAUGAAAGCCCUGGUCAACAGGAAGAUCACUGUGCCUGGAAACUUCCAAGGCCACAGUGGCUCCCAGUGCAUCACCUGCUCCUACAAGGCCAGCUCCGGGCUGCUCUACCCUCUGGAGCGCGGCUUCAUCUACGUGCACAAGCCGCCCGUGCACCUGCGCUUUGAGGAGAUCUCCUGUGUCACCCCAGCCCGUGCUUUCCACCCAUUGCGCUCCUUAUUUGAGAUCCGGACCAAGCAGGGCACCCAGUACACCUUCAGCAGCAUAGAGAGAGAGGAGUACGGCAAGCUCUUUGACUUUGUCAACGCGAAGAAGCUCAACAUCAAGAAUCGUGGCUUUAAAGAGACGAAGGGCAUGAAAGGAAAGGAAACAGAGGUUUCUUGGCACGACCAGAGCGCCUGCAUUCUUUCAUUUGGCCGCCGAAGCGCGGAGAACAGCGGGAGCCAUUGGGCCCCUAAGAAAGUCAAGGACGCUGGCGCCCCCAAGAGGCCGAUGAGCGCGUACAUGUUGUGGCUCAACGCCAGCCGCGAGCGAAUCAAGUCGGAGAACCCCGGCAUCUCCGUCACCGAGAUCUCCAAGAAGGCUGGCGAGAUGUGGAAGCAGAUCGGGAAGGACAAGAAGGAGGAAUGGGACAAAAAGGCGGAGGAGGCCAAGCGGCAGUAUGAAAAAGCCAUGAAGGAGUACAAGGAGAGUGGUGGUGGUGGCAGUGGUGGAGCCUCUUCCUCCUCCAAAAAAGAGCCAAAGAAGAAGGCGGGCAAAUCGAACGACAAGAAGAAGUCAGCAGAGAAGGAGAAAAGUGUAGGCAACGAGAGCUUCAAGAGCCGCGAGUUCAUCUCCAGCGAGGACAGCUCCGACAACGACUCCGACCGCGGCAAGAAGAGCAGCAAACGAAAGCAUUCUGAUGACGAGGAAGAAGAAGAAAUUGCCAGCACGCCACCAAGUUCUGCGGAGUCUGGUUCUGACUGAUCCCAACGCGCAGAGACAGACACACACAUUCGUGUGUUGUUCUGCCAGUGCUCUUGAGUUUGAUGGACCAAUUCUUUCUACUGCUUCACCUGUGUACAUUGUUAUGCACAUUAGUUGUUUAGCUGUUCCACAUUCCAUGCUUAACAGCCUUGCCCCAAGCACAUUCCAGCACUCUGAUUUAUAGAGAUCAGUAAUCAAGGUGUGUGCUAAUCGUUAAAGUGUGCUACAUGUCCCAUAGCUCUCUCAGGUAUUUUCUUUUUUCAAAGAUGGGGAAAGGUGUAGCGGAGCAGCAGAGCACUCUGGAGUAUGUAGUUUUCUUCCAUAUUGGUAGAUUUCUUUUUUCUUUGGUCACAGAAUCCGAAACCUGAAACUAAACUGAGGGCUUGUGAAAAAUUACGCAGUUUUAUUAUACUUCUGUAUUGCUUGAAUAAAUAAAUGUUUUGUAAUAAAAUUGCUAUAUGUGGUUUAAUGUC